CAAAUUAAUUCAGUGAGUUAGCAAUUCUCUGAUUUCACUGUUGGAUUUAUUAGGGGUCCAAGCACCUGAUAGUUAUGCGGGGAUGUUUCUGCUUCUGUUUGCUUUAUUCCGAGAAGAAAUCUGAUUUCAGUACUGCAGAAGAGUGUGUGUCGUAUUUACUGCAUGGUGGACACUUCAUGGCGGCUGCACUAUGUCCAAUAAAUAAACAGAGAAAAGUCGCUGCCGCACCUUGUCAGGCUACAACUGCUCUGAGCGCCGCGCCUGUUCCACUACAAACCCUAACGACGCAGGAGGACUGAUUUCAGCACCACGGACAGCGACCGCGCUCCUCCAGCCGGGCAGCGCUCUGCCCAGCCGCGAUUCAUCUCACGCGUUCAGAUGAGUCAUGAAACUUUCGUCCGAGGAUUGCUAAUGAAAACGACCCCAGCUGAGCCUGCACUGAUUUAUAGCGCUGCUCUCUUCCCUUCUUUUUUACGCGUUUGGCUAUUUUCAGGUCACUGGGCUGGACAGGCUCCAGCAAGGCGCGGUUCAUUCGCACUGAUGUGACAUCUUUAUUCAGAAACGGGUCUCCAUUCACAACUCUGACGUCCGCCUUCAUCAACGCUCUGACGAAACGUGCUCUCAUAUAAAGAUUGGCAGUUACGCUCUACAGCGGAAAAGUGCAGGACUGCUGCUUUGCCGAGGUGAAAUAUUGCGCUCUCUGCGUUUUGACAGUUCAUUUUUUCCUUUAAUCGGUGCCCGCUGUCUGCCUGGGAGGACUCCGCAAAGCCUUGGCUCUGUUCAGCGAGGCUUCAUCUCCAUCCUCAGGUCUCAAUGACAUUCAGCUCUUUGGAGGAAGAACAGCCACUUUAGCAGAGAGAAGAUGGCCAUCCAUGUGGAGGGGGUGGCGGCGAUAGUCAUCUUCUACUUGCUGAUCCUGUUCGUGGGCAUAUGGGCCGCGUGGAAGAACAAGAACUCCGGGGUGGAGGAGGGAGCGGACCGUAGCGAGAUCAUCAUGGUCGGGGGGAGAGAUAUUGGACUCUUCGUGGGAGCUUUUACCAUGACCGCGACCUGGGUCGGAGGGGGCUACAUCAACGGCACGGCUGAGUAUGUGUACCUGCCGGGCUACGGCCUGGCCUGGGCGCAGGCUCCGUUCGGCUACGCCAUGAGUCUGGUCCUGGGUGGUCUGUUCUUCGCCAAACCCAUGCGCUCGCGAGGCUACGUCACCAUGCUCGACCCAUUCCAGCAGCUUUAUGGGAAGAGGAUGGGGGGCCUGCUCUUCAUCCCGGCGCUCAUGGGCGAGAUCUUCUGGUCGGCCGCCAUCUUGUCAGCUCUGGGGGCGACAUUGAGUGUGAUUGUGGACAUUGACAUCAACAUGUCUGUGGUCAUUUCGGCCCUCAUAGCCAUUUUCUACACGCUGGUGGGAGGAAUGUACUCGGUGGCCUACACAGACGUAGUUCAGCUCUUCUGCAUCUUCGUGGGACUGUGGAUCAGUGUCCCUUUUGCGCUGUCAAACCCUGCUGUGUCUGACAUUGGAGUGACAGCGGUGAAAGAGCUGUACCAGGACCCGUGGCUGGGGCAAAUUGAGAGCACAGAUAAAUGGAUGUGGGCUGAUAACUUCUGCCUUCUGAUGUUGGGGGGAAUACCCUGGCAGGUCUAUUUUCAACGGGUUCUUUCUGCCUCUUCAGCUACCUAUGCCCAAGUUCUCUCCUUCUUGGCCGCAUUUGGCUGCAUUGUCAUGGCCGUACCCUCUGUCCUGAUUGGAGCCAUUGGGGCCUCCACAGACUGGAAUCAGACAAGUUAUGGGCCAAUCCCGCCCAUGAAGAAAGAUGAGUCAGAAAUGAUUCUUCCAAUCGUGUUGCAAUACCUGUGCCCGCCCUAUGUCUCUUUUUUUGGAUUGGGUGCGGUUUCUGCAGCAGUGAUGUCAUCUGCUGACUCAUCCAUCCUUUCGGCCAGUUCCAUGUUUGCUAGGAAUAUCUACCAGUUGGCCUUCCGCCAGUCGGCAUCAGACAGUGAGAUCGUGUGGGUCAUGAGGAUUACCAUCUUUGUGUUUGGGGCUCUGGCCACAGCCAUGGCCCUCCUCACGGGCACAGUAUACGGGCUUUGGUACCUGAGUUCAGACCUGGUCUACGUGAUCAUCUUCCCCCAGCUCCUCAGUGUCCUGUUUGUUCGAGGUACCAACACCUACGGCUCGGUGGCCGGCUACAUCUUUGGUCUGAUCCUGCGCAUUGGCGGCGGUGAGCCCUACCUCAAACUGCCCCCUUUCAUCUAUUACCCUGGGUGGUACAUCAAAGAGUUGGUCCACCACACCACUCAGGAGGUGGAGCACCUGGUGGUCCAGAAGUUCCCCUUCAAGACAAUGGCCAUGCUUGCUUCUUUCCUGGGCAAUGUGGCCUUCUCCUACCUGUUCAAGUACCUGUUCGAAAGCGGCACACUUUCUGCCAAGUAUGACUUCCUGGAUGCUGUGGUGGCCAGACACAGUGCUGAGAUUAUGGACAGGACCACCCUGGUGAACAGGAACAUCAUCGGGUUGAACGAGAUGGCUCCUGUGCGACCGCGGCUCAGUGUCACACUGGCCAGCACUUUCACCAGGAAGGAAACUUUGACUGAAGAGGAUGAAUCAAGUCCAGAGUCACCCAGUCAUGAAAAUGAGUAAAGACCACUGCCCUUUAAUUUCAGACUCAGUCCGCUGUGGAGAACAAUGAGAAGGACAGUGCCUGAAUGAACAUCACAUUCACGUGAGGAUAAAAGAAGGACAAGUUUAGUUUCCUUUCACCAUACGUGUUGGAUUUUCCAUCGCUGCUACAGGACGAGCAUAAGACAUACAGUAAUUGGCUCCCCAUGCAGAACAGCAAACGUGGAGAAAAAAGGUUAGCAUUUACAUCAAGGAGCCAAGCCUGCUGCAGGUUCUCCUCUUUGGAAUACCUGCACUUUGGUGUGGUAUGUAUGAAACAAAUUGCUCCUCUCUGCUCUCAUGAAGAAGCAUAGAUACUGUGACUAUACACUAUAUGUGGUGAGGUAAUAGCAAUAUUAAUUUCUCUGAACCUCUGAAUGAGUUUGUUUUAAAAAGUGGAGAAAAAAAAAAACUGACUGAAUAAAUAUACUGUGUAUCAGCGUAGACGUUUAAGGAAUAUGUACCUCCUAAUGUCAGACCCCCAGUUAGUACAGUAAUCUUAUUGUCCUGUCAUGAAGUGUAUAAAAAUAUUGUCAUUGCUAAAGUACAUGGUAUAACUGUGAGAUAACUGCACAUCCAGCAUAAGUCUACAUUAUUUUACUUUGUGCAAUACAAAGCUAUUUUGAGAACAGGGUGGGGAAUAUACCGUUGCAAUCGCCUUAAAUAGAAGCAUUAAGUGGGGGGGAUAGUGCUGCUGAAUUCAAAAUGGUUCCUGCUCCCACCGCAUCAGGCACGUAUUUUACUCCCCGUGUAGUGGAUUACGUGUUAAACACGGAGCCAUUUCAAAUUCAGAAAGAUGUUAUGCAAACAGCUCAGCAGCCACUUUGUUGGGACUUGAAAAUGAAUGUAGCUGCUACAAAAGACUUACCUGAUAUAAUACUCAUAAGGGACCUGUGCUGUGUUAUUCUGUGAUCUGCAAACUCAUAAACUCUUUGCAAGAAGCUGUUGUGUACCUGGUUUAGGGCUAAAUCAGUAUCUGUGUUCAUUUGUUGUCUUAAAGAUGAAAGAUUUUUUGUGUGUGAUGUGUCUAUUUAUAUUUAUAUAUUUUAAGAAAAAAAGUAUAAAUGCAUAUCGUCAUUUUAAUGUGCUGGUAGAGGUAAUAUUCAGUUUGGUGAGAAACAGCUUUAGGCCAGUAAAUCUAUAUUUAUUUAUGUAUUAUGGCCUAAAAAUAUUGUUAGAAAUGUAGAACAAAUCAACAUAAAUAAAUUCUGUUAUUAAAA